UACAUAUAAAUUUACAUAAUUUACAAGCAGCACUUACUCCUUUAAAAAAAAAAUUGGAUUGUUAUUCAAAACUAGGUUCCAUUUUGCCUGAAAAUGUUUUAAGCUUAAGAUGCUUUGAGAAGCUAUAAGCUUUUCAAUUUCAUAUUUUCUCUUGACAACUUCGAACUUUGUUUCCUUAAUUAAUUGUAAAUAAUCAUUUAUGUUGCGGUUUAUUUGCCCUACUUUCAUUCCUUUUUUAUCAGUCUCUGAUCGACCGAGAUUUACAUGUAAAAAUAAAAGCUUAAAAAUUUAAAAAUUUAAAAAUCAAUAAAACGAUUAAAAAGACCUUUUCGUUGCCAUUGGUUUCCUUUGAAAAUUAACUUGGCAACAAGUUCGUGAGUAAUAGUACCUUUUUGCCUCGCGACGGCUCGCUCUGUGAACACAUGGAUCGCUUGACGCUCGGUUUGUGUGAGUAGCCACCAGGUCACACGCGUGUACGCCUCGCACUCUCGUGAGAAUCACGCAACCUUGUGACGCCGCCGCAUCGACAUUUCAUUCCCGCACCGAAACAUGCAUUGCGGAAAAUAUUUUUGAACUUAAGUUCCUUUCUGUAGCAAAAAUAACUCCUGCAUUUAAUUUAGUAAUUAAUGUGAGUCGACCCGCAAACCUUCCCCUCAAGUAGAUAAAAGCGGUGCGCCGGGGGACGAUAGGAAAUUUCACUAGAGAGAGAUGGCGUUACGACAUCAGGGAUCGGAUCGGGUAUCAAAUCACAGUAUGCAGACUAGAGAACAAGUAAUGUUUGUUCUCAGUAAAUUUGAACACAACAAGCUAUUGUAGCGCACUUCAUAUAGGUGAUAUCUGUGUCCAUCCAGGCCAUCUUUAAGCAGGUUUAGGCUGCGCCAUGGCCUUCUUCUCCUGUUUCUUUGUUGUUCUUAUGGCAUGCCAUUUUUCUUUACUACUCGGUACGCCGGAUGUGAGAGCUAUCAAAGGAGAAACGUGUUCUCCACAUGGACCCUCGGCCUUUGAACACGGCGAAGAUGAAGAAAAUCCUUGCUUUAAAGAUCGGCUGUAUUCAGCGUUUUCCGAUGUCAGGCUACCCAGACGAGAUGCUGUCGUUGUGGGCCAUGUGGAAAGCAUUCAAGUGGACGAAGAAAAAAGCGUGCAGCUUAAAACCCUGAGCGUUAAACCGCCAAUAUUUGAAAUCCCAGACUUUUUAAGCAGCGAGGAAUGCGAUCAUUUCGUGGAAAUAGCGAAAAGGAAUGGCUUGAAAGAGAGCGAAACUGCGGCCAAGUCGAAGGGAGUCACGAGGGAGGGAACGAAUGCCAGUUUAACAGAGGAACUAAUGAUGAAGUACUGCAAGCGAAUCAAUCGUUACGACAACGAUAAGGAUGGCAACAUAACGAUGAUGGAGUUUGCAGGUUAUGUUUACCACAUCACGAGAAUGCUAGUGCGUACGAGUGAUUUAUGGACUGUGUAUGAAACAUUGCUUCCCGAAGGAGCGCGCGCGAUUACGUACGAGAAUUGCACAAAGGUAAACCGGACACAGUUUGUGGAGUUCAUCUACCAGUUGUUCAACAUGAACCGCCUGAGAUAUUACAAGGCCAGGUACAGCGAACACUCCUGGGUAGAACUGAACGAUGAAGCUGAUAAAGAUCCAGUUUUAAAGCGCGUGAAGAGAAGAAUUGCAGAGGUUACUCAGAUGUCUGUGUUACAGAUUGAACAUAGCGAAGCCUUACAGGUUGUGAAAUAUCAACGAGGUGGACAUUACCACGCUCAUUAUGACUCUACUGUGAGUAAGGAGACGAUCGAGAGGAGAUGCUGCGGGAAAUAUGAGGACAUCGACAAAAGCACGUGUCUUUUAUGCAGGUACAUCACCAUUUUGUUUUUCUUAAACAACGUCACCGAGGGAGGAGAAACCGCAUUUCCAGUCGCAGACCGCGAAGAACUAUUCGUG